UUGUCAUUUUUUCUAGCAAUUGUGCUAACCAUUUUUGCGAACGUUUUUAAUUUUAUUGGUUUUGUAUCUCCGUUUUGGAUUGUUUCAAGAGAUGGCGACAAUUAUGGCUUCGUGCGUCUUGGAUUGUGGGAAGUCUGUUUCAAAAACUUUAUUUUUGCGGAAGAUUAUAUCUCGAAAGCAUACGAUGGCUGCUGGUAUAUAUAUAGACAAGAAUUCAAAUACAUUCGUUUUUGGAUAAACCCUCCUUGGUUUAUAAUAAUACAGAUAACAUCGAUUGUUAAUAUUACCUUCAGCCUCGGUGGCCUUAUUCUUAUUUUGCAAAAUGCUGCUGGAAUCGAGACUACGUUUUGCACUUUGUCAAGCAGUCCAAUUAUAUUUCUGCAGUCAGUUGUUGUUGCUUGUCUGACUGUCAUAACAAUUGUGCUUGGCCUUAUGUCAAAAGAUCGCCAAUGGCUGCCAUUUUCUGACAGAAACACGGUGGGUUGGGGUCUUGGUUUCUCAGCAACAGCCGGCAUAUUGACUUUACUUAGUAUCUUCUGCUUGCUAGUUGACCAGCUUGCACACUACAGCGAACAGAUUUACCACAAACUACUUGAAGAAAAAGGCAUUACUACUGUGCACUCAAUUCCUCCCGAUAUUGCCCCUGGACAUGAUAACGUGCCUGCUUCAGGUAUAUCGCAGCCCGGUCCUGUUGGGACUGAAUCGCGAUUAGGCGGAGUUCCAUCUCUGUUUAUGACGGGAUCUCUGCCUUCAGUUGGCGGUGGCGCAGGUGGUGGGCCUGCGACCCGAAUAUUCUCAGUUCUCGGAGGAGCGAAGAGUGCCAUCCUUUCAAAAUAUGGUGAAACACGGACGACCAUUCCUGGGCUUGCAAUGAAACCAGAAGCUCAGACGACUUCGGGUGCAUUAGUGUCUGCAAGACUGCGUGAGAACUUACAGAGUGAGCGACCAAUAGAACCACCAACGGCGCAACCAGCUGUUGGGUCUAUUCACUCACUCAAUGCACCAGCCACUGGCGGACUACAAGAAAGACCCGUCAUUGUUUAUGGAGCUUCGAGAGGAAAUAUUAUCAAAGAUUCGGCUGUGUAA